UUUUAGAAGAGAAAUCCCUGACGCUUUGCCUUUUAGGAGCCCAAUUGUCUAUCAAUUGUCUAUUAAACUCCAUAUUUUAAGUUUUGGGGCCUUUCUUUCAGUGACUAAAUUUGUGUUCCCUUGGGCAGGUGUCAUGAAGAACCUGGCCUUAAGGUGAGAGUAAGAAGACUGAGAGGUCCUCUGAGAAACCAAGUCAAACUGAGUCUCACACAGGCCUGGGGAUGGUGGAGGGGGUGGCAUUCACUGCUCACCCAGCCCAGGAUCAUGGGAAGUCUCUUGAGCUAUUUCUAUGUGGUCUCACUUAAAUCCAGGUGCAGCCUAGACUGGGCUCAAACCCCGGGCUCAAGCAAUCUGCUGGCCUCAGCUCCCUCAGUCACCUGCCUCUGGGCCCAACUGAACUUUCUUUCCAAUCCUUUCCCUGCCGCCCCCACUGGUGACUAGGGUCCUCCUCCCUUUGUCUGGGACAGGAUUUGAAAAUAUAUACGAGGUCUUUGAAAGGAAAGUUGCCCAUAAGGGACUGACUGAGAACAGAGAGAACCUGAAGACGCAGGUGGGCAUCACUUCUGCAGAGCUGUUGCCAGGCAAUGUGCUGGCUGUUGACCAGGGAGACAUUGCCAGGACACUAACAUGGCCCUCAGUGCUGAUGACACAUUGCCUUUGUAGCUGGGGCCAGGGCAUCUCCCAAUUUUCUCACAUUGUAAUAAAUUUUAAUUGUUGGGAUGUGUGAAAUAAACCGAAAGGGUUCCAUUUGGGGGGAUAGGGGUUUUUAAUGUGUACUUUAUUUCUUGAUUUUUUUAACCUCAACUCUGCAAACACUAAAGGGGAGCCCAGAAUUCUAACACUACGCUCCCACUGGGUGUCCAAGUCUGGAUCCUUGCUCAUGGUACUCUGUACAUGAACUUGCAAGAACUUGUGGUGGCCUUACCAUCUUACUCGUGGGUGGUAACUACAAAAUCCUAAUAUCUGACAUCUGAGCUGGGAUGUUGAAUCUGUGACCCUGAUCUAGAAGCUCUGAUAAUACAGACCAAGAGUGAGAGUUCCUCACACUCCAACUUCAAUUCCUUCCUUCCUCCCUGCCCGCCUUCUCUUUCUCCACUCCUUAUUUUCUUGCUUUCUUUUUUUGUACAUAGUCCUGUUCCCAGAAACUGAUGAGAAUGAAGUUGAAUGUUGGACCUGAAAGUGUCAACGUGAACCCACAAUUAGGUUCUGGCCUCUGAGGUGUCGUAAGGAACUAAUUGGUUAAUGUUUGCAAAAUGCCAAGACACUCUUAAAUAAAAGGCGAGCUGUAGAGCCAGACCCUUGACAUGUCUGCUUUGUGGCUGUUGCUGGGCCUCUUGGCCUUGACUGACUUAUCUGAAAGCAGCAAUUGGGGAUGUUACGGAAACAUCCGAACCCUGGACACCCCAGGAGCAUCCUGUGGGGUUGGAAGACGUCACGGCCUGAACUACUGUGGAGUUCGUGCUUCCGAAAGGCUGGCUGAAAUAGACAUGCCCUAUCUCGUGAGAUAUCAACCCAUGAUGCGAACCGUUGGCCAGAGGUACUGUGUGGAUCCUGCAGUGAUCGCUGGUGUCUUGUCCAGGCAGUCCCAAGGGGGCAACUUUCUGGUCAACGUGGGCAACACAGGCAACGUGGGCAACAUGGAAGAUGGAGUCAGGGUGCUGCAGGACCCAAAUCUUUAUGCUCCCUCAUCCUGGAUCACUGAAUCCCAGGUUUCCCAGAUGACUGGGGUUCUGACUUCUAGAAUCAAAGAAAUCCAGAGGCGAUUUCCUACCUGGACCCCCGACCAGUACCUGAGAGGUGGACUCUGUGCCUACAGUGGGGGCCCUGGCUUUGUCAGAAGCAGCCAGGACCUGGGCUGUGACUUCUGCAAUGAUGUCCUUGCACGAGCCAAGUACCUCAAGAGACAUGGCUUCUAGAACUUCAGGUGAAACCCAAGUUUAUUAUCAUCCAUGAGAUCUCGACUAUUAUGCAAAUAAUGUCAGCAGAUGGGGUUUGCAACUGCAAUUCUGAGCUUGACCAGAAGAUCAUCAAAAUUGCAUGAACCACAUUAAAUGAAGAGU